CUUUCGUUGGUGAAUGGGUUGUGGGUGGGAGAUGUACCCAAUGUUCUUGCUAUCCUCAAUCUUCCUGAGCGUUUGCUCAUUGCUCUAUACUUUCCUGCGGUGUAUGUGGUCAAGCUGUAUCCACAACACAAAGGUGCAACGCAAUGGGAUUUCACGGCGUUGAAUAGCGGAGUUCAUGGAAAUGUAUCCACCUAUCAGUUAAACAUUCCCGAUAUUGAUGUGAUGGUUGACGGGAAGUUAAUGCCUCACAGACCUGCGGUCCUUGCUGCUACUAUCGCUAUUACUAUCAUCGGCCUGAGCAAAUUGCCAGUGAAGUCUUUGCUGUCCAUCCUAACAGUGAAUCGCCGUUGCGUUAAGGAUGCGUUGCUGUUUUUGAAGCGCGAAAAUCACCUCUACAGUGAUAUCACGAUUUGUGAAGCCAAUCUGGAUUUGUUGCCAGAGGACGGUUUUCCCGAACAGCUGUUGUCUGUAAUGAAGUUUUCAGACGAGCAGCAUUUGCUAGAACAAGAGAGCACAGGGUACGUUAUGGAUGAUCAUGACUUGGAUGAUAAUGGUUAG